UCGAUAAGCGCACAGACGGUCGGGACGAGCAGGAACGGGAGAAAGGAGCACCGCGCGCACAUUCACGCGCACACGCGGAGCGCUCUCUGUCAUAGGUAGAGACACACCAGAAGCGGGAGUUGACGGGGUUUCUUUCAGUUGCUCUACUUCAGAUUGUUGAGUCACAAGAGCGCGAGGCACCGCUUCAGUUAUCGGUCGACAUCAGUGCUGCUUUAGUGAAUGGGAUGCGCGUCUUCUCCAGCCGAGCCGGAGCUGUCUGACACGUUUCUCCCACCGAGCUGGAUCCACUAACCGGUCUGUUUUCUCACCGGGAGGGAAGUUGGGCUCAGUUCUACUUUUCUGGCCGUACUUUUGAUGCCACGGAAAUGGGACCGCGCCAACGGGAGAGCGUGUCCGCGCGUUGUAGUAGAAGUUUGCUUUGGACUGUGCUGAUACUCUGGCUCAGUACGUCUGUUGAGGGACCGAAGACGGGACUGUACAAGACCUACUCCUCUGGGGCGCAGCCUGCAGCCUCUCUAACCUCAGUCUAUCAGAAAAGGAACUGGUGUCCUCAUACGGUCACUAAGACGGUGACCUGCCAGGUGCACAACGGGACCGUCCUGCAGCGGGUCUACCAGACGUGCCGCUGGCCGCAGGGAUGUACGGGAGGCAGCUACAGGACCGUGGUUAGACCUUCCUAUAAAGUGGUGUAUCGCACGGUGACCUCCCUGGAGUGGAAAUGCUGUCCAGGAUUCAGCGGCGCUGCCUGUGAAGAAGAUGCAAGGAAGCAGCUUGUAGCCCAAGAGGCCGUCAGGAAACCAUCCACUCUACGCCGCCCGCCUGCACGGACAGGAGAGCCGAUCUCUAAUUGUCUCAACUGCAGUCGAAUCACAGCUUUGACCGACAGGCUGAGCUCACUGGAGGCGAAGGUCCAAUUAUACACUGCCCCGGCAUCCAUAUCACAUCGCCAGCUUCAGGGUAAAGGAGCAACUGCACCAGAGGCCUCAUCACUGACGGGGGCUGUGCCCGUUCAGGGAGCUCCUGGUGAGCAGGGACCUGCAGGUCCACAGGGUGAAAAUGGCAGAGAUGGGCUUCCUGGCAGAGAAGGGAAGACAGGGUCUCGUGGGUUGCCAGGUCCCAGUGGGCCUCGGGGGGAGGGUGGGACAAGGGGCCCAUCUGGAGCCCCUGGAUCAAAGGGAUCUUCAGGACCUGCAGGACCCCGUGGUCCACAAGGACUCCCAGGAGAGAGGGGUCUAUCAGGCCCACCUGGCCCUCCAGGGCCUCCAGCUCCGGCGAGUGCCCACAUCCCAGAACCAGAUCACAGUCGCGGAAAAGACCUCUUCUAUAGCAACACUUUCCAUGACUCACGAGGGUUGCCUGUUCCCGGACCUCAGGGUCCCGCCGGACCUGUCGGUCCACCAGGUCCCAGAGGCCCAGCGGGACCUUCUGGCCCGUCAGGACAGAACGGGAAAUCUGGAACCCCUGGAACGCAGGGCCCUGUGGGUCCAAAGGGAGAACGUGGAGAGAGAGGUCCUUUAGGUUACCAAGGAGAGAGGGGCUUCAGAGGCGAGUCGGGAACACCAGGUGCCAAAGGAGAGCCAGGAGUGAAGGGCUUGCCGGGGGACGGCAUACAUCAGAUCAGAGAAGCGCUGAAGAUCUUAGCCGAGAGGGUUUUAAUCCUUGAGACUAUGAUCGGUAUUCAUGAGCCUGAUCUAGGGUCUGGGGACGGACCGUUUGGCACAGCCUCCCCUAGUUUCUACAGAGAUAAGCGAGCAGGUGCGCUUCCAUAUCGACUUGCUUCUCCUCUGUCCACCAACACCAAGGUUCGAGGGCAGUAGCCCCUUCCCGCUCACCCUGAGGAUCACAGGCUGGGUUGACUCCCCCUCCUCUAGGUCUCAUCGACCGUCAUCAGAUUUAGACCUUAUCUGAUGCCCCUUCUGGGCUUUACCGAUUUAGGAUGGGGGACACCUCAGGGAAACUCCACUGAUACUCCACCGUGCCCUCCUCCAUCGGGAACCUGAGAACUAGUUUGACCCCCACCCAUCACCAUAACCAAACACGUAUGUUUACAUAACACACCCAACAGCUUGCUGUGUCUCAAUGCUUUGGCUCCAGAAGCCAGGCCUCAGAGUGAAGAUGUUUAAUGUUUGAAAAAGAGGAAAAUCAGAUUCUCCUGUGGUGCUCCUCGAGCUACAAAAGGUUCCAGAAAAUAAGGGUAAUUUAGAGUAAUCAAUGACAGGAGAAAUCAGAUGUGAGGAAAAAUAGACUGGAGUUGCGU